GAUGUUCGUAAUAGAAGACCACUGAGAUCAAAGUAGAGUGGGCAAUCGACCAGUGGCACGUUUUAUAAAUGAACAGAUAAGAUACGAGUUACAUGUAUUAAAAAUUCGUCGAUGGGCUAUUUCCUUAGUACACGUUUGCAGUCUUUGCUUAAAUCGAGCUCUUUCACUUGAUGCGGACAGCAUGAUUCUUUGGAGUGCAGUGAUUGUUUUGGUGGCCCUGGGGGGUCAAGUUCAGGGUUACGAUUAUCCGGUUGAUCCUGAAGUCGAUGAAGGGGAAGGCGAUCUUUCCGAGAUGAAGCAAGUAACUCAGGUGGACCUCAAUGAUCUCUUCGACAAAUCCCUUCCCUUGAUUCGGGAAGCGAUCGUCAAGGCAAGGUUGGACCCUCUCAGCAUGCCAGAUCAAAUCCUAUCCGUCGGUUACAUCCCGGGAUUGAACCCGAAAAUCCAGUUACAGCAUGGUUGGACUCAACAGGGCUCAACAAUCCGACGAAAUGGUGAUGUUAUCGUUCGCUAUAGCAAUAAAAUGAUUGAGUUCGAUGCAGCGCUCAGUUGGGACCACUUAGACGUGACCUACGCCUACACCUUGCGAUACCUUCUCUUCACCCGCAAGGGUGAUUUCAAUGGGCGCUUCGAUGAUGUCAAGGUCCAAGUUAUCGGCUCCUUCAACAUCAGCACUCACAAGAUCAAUUUACGAUUCUUCAAAAUCACCAACAUUGGUCGCUUCUCGCUCAAGAUCCACGGCCACUUACUCGAUCACGUUCUAAAUGCUCUUACGAAAGGCGUAACUGUAUUCUGCAGAGACUUGGUCAUUCGAGAAAUUGAGUACAGGUUUGAGUUAGGACUUCAGGAGAAGAUCAAGGAGAUCAAUGACUUGAUUCCGGAGCCGUAUCAGCUGUCUAUCAAACUACCGGCGUGGGGACGCGGGAGCUGAUGUCAUUAUCGAGUCAUUGGCGGAUAAUUUUAAACAAGUGAUCAUGUAAUUUUGUGGAAAUGAAGAAUUAGAGUGAAUAGACACAAUGAAACUUUGAAUUA